AAGGAUAAUUAAGUAUAAUGUAUACUAUUAAACUCAUUUUAUCAUUUAUGUUAUUAUAAUUAUUAUAUUCGACUCUCUCCCCAUCCAGUUGGCGAAGAAAAUCUCGUACUCGGUGACCCUGCGUAAUGAAGCUAAAUUACGUGGCAAGCUUCAGCAGAUUGAGAAAUGACAACAAUAAUGAUGAUCAUGUUGAACAUGGAUUGAUGUUGCUUGAGUUUUUAGGUUGAACACUAGGAAAGAAAAAUACUGCACAUAUCAUAUACUAAGUAUUUCACUAUGGGGCUUUGUAAAUGUCCUAAACGAAAGGUGACAAACUUGUUCUGUUUUGAACACCGGGUAAACGUCUGCGAACACUGCUUGGUGGCAAAUCAUCCUAGGUGCAUUGUAAAGUCGUACCUUCACUGGCUUCAAGAUAGUGAUUAUGACACUAAUUGUACAUUAUGUGGCCAAACACUUGCAAGCGAAGAAGUAGUACGGUUGACAUGUCAUGAUGUUUUCCACUGGUCAUGCCUGGAUGAUUUUGCAAAGGAACUGCCAUCCAACACAGCACCUGCAGGAUAUACCUGUCCAGUGUGUAAUGAGUGUGUCUUUCCCAAGAGCAAUAUGGUAUCACCUGUAAUUGAGGCUCUCAAGGAAUACUUAACACAAGCAGAUUGGGCAAGAGCUGGUCUAGGGUUACCUGCUUUUGAGGAAAGUGUUAGGUCACAUGACAAAAUGUAUAAGAAUCAGCAGUGUGUAUAUCAAGUAUGCGAUGAUAGCUAA